UGCAGCACUGUUCUCUCUUAGUGUUUAUCUAACCUCUUAAGUGUUCACUGACUGAGAAUGCCUUUACUCUAGACGCCAGUCCCCUGCACCUCUCACAUCGGUCUCACUUCUAAUAAAAGCUUGAACUUUUCAAGACUGAGCGGACCCUCUACAAGCGUCCAAAGGCUACAAGGCAUCCCUAUAGCAACAGAACCCUAGAACAAACAAACAUGCACUGAACUAUACAGUACCAUCAUAACACGAUCAAAAGAUCAAUCACACAUGGCCUGGUCGCACAGCUGUUUAUCGCUCCGGACCCCGAGGCAUAGACCGGUCCAAUCUUACAGUCAAAACCCGCCAAUCAGCUUGACGACUGCAUUUAAGUCCACUGGCAUGCAUCAUCCACCUUACUUUGUACCUUACUUACCGAGAUCUCCAGAUCUUGCCCAGGUUGUCAUUGGCUACAGUGUCCAGCACAAUCGGUAGUAGACUAGCUGGCCGGGCCUAGUACAAGAUGCUAAGGCUGUCACCUCUCCUUUAUCUCUUUAUCUCCAGAUUGUUUGCUCAUCACUGGUAUGAGCGGGUUGUCCAUUCCAGAUAUCCGCAUAGUUUGAGCGAUUGUUACGACUGCUCCGCGAAAUUAUAUCAUGUGCCUUACAUGAUUGGGAUCUCCUAGCGUGCAAGGCUCAGCCGGAUCCGUGGCGAUUCUCGAAAUAACCUCCACCGAUCUCAUGGAGGUUACCAUCAAAGUCUGCUGCCACUUCCACAGUCCUUCGUCAAAUCCGGUGAUCUUCGAUGCAACACAUUCACACCAGUUGGCAGCCAUCGAGCGCUAGAUUAUACCGUAAGAGGGUUGCAAAGAGAAGCCCCAAUGCCCGUAUAACUUAGAGUCUGCUACUGCAUCCUCCCCCAGCAACACCACGUAUGGCCUGGA